CGCCGCCAUGCCUGAGCCCAGCAAAGUUGCCAAGAAGGAGAAAAAGGUGGAGAAAAAAGAGGAGAAAAAAGAGGAGAAAAAGGAGGAAAAUGGGCAAAAAGGAGAAGAGGAGGCGGGGGGGGCACCCAAAGAGGCCGCUGAUGACCCAUUGGAUGAGAUUCACCCCCCGGAGCCACGUGACCCCGAUGGGCUCUUCAUCAGCAAACCCCAGAGCGUGCUGGUGCAGUGCGGCCAGGACGUGCGGGUGGUGGCGCGCGUGGCCGGGUCCCAGCUGCCCUCCAAGCCCAGCGUCAAAUGGUUCAAGGGGAAGUGGCUGGAGCUGGGCAGCAAGAGCGGGGCCCGCUUCCAGUUCAAGGAGAGCAUGGACAAGGAGAGCAAGGAGCACACCUUCGAGCUGCUCAUCUCCAAGGUGGUGCUGGGCGACCGCGGCGAUUACCGCUGCGAGGUGACGGCCAAGGACAAGAAGGACUCGUGCUCCUUCAACAUCGACAUCGAGGCCACCCGCUCCAGUGAGGAUGGCAACGUCCUGCAGGCCUUCAAGAGGACGGGCGAUGCCAAGGAUGACACCGCAGGAGAGCUGGACUUCAGCGGGCUGCUGAAGAAGAGGGAGGUGCAGGUGGAGGAGAAGAAGAAGAAGAAGGACGACGACGACGGCUUCCCCCCGGAGAUCUGGGAGCUCCUCAAGGGGGUCACCAAGAAGAGCGAGUACGAACGCAUCGCCUUCCAGUACGGCAUCACCGACCUGCGCGGCAUGCUCCGGCGCCUCAAGAAGGUCACCGCCGAGCCCAAGAAGAGCGAGGCGUUCGUGCGGAAGCUGGACCCCGCGUACCAGGUGGACAAGGGCAAGAAGAUCCGGCUGCAGGUGGAGCUCAGCAACCCCGACCUGCCCCUCAAGUGGUACAAGAACGGGGAGCUCAUCAAAGCCAGCAACAAGUGA